UACACUCUGUUUUUUGGUUGAUCUGAGAGUUUUGAAGUUCGUAAAUCACUUGAUUGUUGUGUAUAGUAGUGUCGGAGAGUUACACAUUUGGGGUACCAAUAAGGGAUUGGGGUUACGCUUGCUUGUCGUUAUACACUGUUUUAGUGAAGUGAAUUGCCUGGAUAUUGUGAUUGCGGUGGGCAUUACUGUGUUUAGGCUUGAGAUCAAGUGCUUAGUCCUUGAAUGUGGUUGAUGAAGUUGUAAUUUUGCAUUUAAUGCAAUAGUUUAGUUGAUUUAAUGGGUUUUAUUUGCAAAUGAACUUGGUUUCGUGGAUUUGUUAGUUUAGGAAUCUUGCAUAGCGAUGUCGAGACCGUUUCCAUUUGUGGUUGUAGAAAAUGACUAGAAAGAUUUUCAAUUAGGGCCCCGUUUAUGUUCGAGAUUGAACAUUUCUUUUAAGCAAUGAAGUCAAGUAUUUGUUUUGAGCAAUGAAGUCAAUAGCGCCGUUUAUUUGUAAGUAGUUUGUGGCAAUUGGUUUUUCCAAACAUGCUGUGCUAUGAGAUGUUUUUGGAUUCGGCAUGCCGACCAAAUUUUUGUGGAAUAUUUUAUUAUGAUGUUUACUACGUCACUUUUUCUUCCCUUCACCUAUUAAUCGUUUGAUGCUGACAGUUUUUAUGUGUUGUUUAUCUGUUCAAGUGUUGCUUAUUACUGGUUUAAGAUGUUUGAUAAGUACUCGGAAAUUUGUAUUCUGAUCACAUAUAAAAAGCUCAGAAUGAAGUUUGAAUUCUCUAUUUGUUGCAGGUUUGAUUUCCAUUAUAGUGGAUGGCAGUGGUGGAUGCUCAAAAUCCUCUUGUUGGAGAAACCACGUGUGGUUCUUUACUGCAGCAGUUGCAGCAAAUUUGGGACGAGGUUGGUGAAAGUGAUGAGGAACGGGACAAGAUGCUUCUUCAGUUAGAGCAAGAGUGCUUGGAUGUGUACAAGAGGAAGGUUGACUACGCUGUGAAGUCAAGGGCACACCUUCUUCAGACACUGGCAGAUGCUAAAGUUGAACUCUCAAGUCUUCUAUCAGCUCUUGGAGAGAAAAAUUUUGUUGGAAUUCCUGAAAAUACUUCAGGAACAAUCAAAGAACAGCUUGCAGCUAUAGCACCGGUAUUGGAACAACUGUGGAAACAGAAAGAUGAGAGGAUAAAGGAGUUUUCUGAUGUACAAUCACAAAUAAAAAAGAUAUGUGGAGAAAUUGCAGGGAAUAGUGAUCAAGUAGGGAGUCCUACAGUUGAUGAAUCCAACCUCUCUCUGAACAAAUUAGAUGAAUUCCAUGCUCAGCUCCAAGAACUUCAAAAAGAAAAGAGUGAGCGGUUGCACAAGGUCCUUGAGUUUGUGAGCACUGUGCACGAUCUUUGUGCUGUCCUUGGGAUGGACUUCUUUAGUACAGUCACUGAUGUUCAUCCAAGCCUGAACAACUCUAAUGGUGUACAAUCUAAAAGCAUAAGCAGUGACACUCUAUCUAGGCUGGCUAAGACUGUCAUAGCACUAAAAGAGGAUAAGAAGCAGAGGCUGCAUAAGCUUCAAGAAUUAGCAACUCAGCUAAUGGACCUUUGGAAUUUGAUGGAAUCCUCCACAGAAGAGCGGAGUUUGUUCGAUCAUGUCACACGUAACAUAUCAUCUUCGGUGGAUGAAGUAACCAUCCCUGGUGCUCUUGCUUUGGAUCUGAUUGAGCAGGCCGAAGUGGAAGUGGAAAGGCUUGACCGGCUUAAAGGUAGCCGGAUGAAGGAAAUUGCCUUUAAGAAGCAAGCUGAGCUCGAAGAAAUUUUUGCUUCUGUUCAUAUAGAGAUUGAUUUAGAGGUUGCUCGGGAAAAAAUCAUGGCACUGAUUGACUCUGGCAAUGUUGAGCCAUCCGAACUACUGGCUGACAUGGAUAAUCAGAUAGUAAAAGCAAAAGACGAGGCUCUGAGCAGAAAAGAUAUACUGGAUAAGGUUGAAAAGUGGAUGUCAGCUUGUGAAGAAGAGAGUUGGCUUGAAGACUACAACAGAGAUGAAAACCGGUAUAACGCAAGCAGAGGUGCACACUUAAAUCUCAAGCGUGCUGAAAAGGCACGAAUCCUGGUCAACAAGAUUCCUGCUCUUGUUGACACUUUGGUUUCCAAAACUCGGACAUGGGAACAAGAAUGUGGCAUAUUAUUUACUUAUGAUGGUGUUCCUCUACUUGCCAUGCUAGACGAGUAUGCAAUGCUUAGGAAUGACAGAGAAGAAGAGAAGAGAAGGAUGAGGGAUCAGAAGAAGUUCCAUGAACAGUUUAACAAGGAACAAGAAGCUAUUUUUGGCGCUACACCUAGCCCAGCUAGACCACUUGGUACGAAGAAGGUGGUAGUUUCACGCGCAAAUGGGGGUGCAAAUGGAAGUACUAGCAGACGGCUCUCUCUAAACUCUCAUCAAAAUGGUUCCAGGUCCACAACUAAAGAGGGGAAGAGGGACAACACAAGACCAGUUGCUCCUGUGAACUAUGUUGCCAUAUCGAAAGAGGAUGCUGCCUCACACAUCUCUGGCACUGAACAUCUACCAACUACACCAUGAUAAAUAUUAGAAUCUGCAGGUUUAUACCCUUGUGGAUAUUGCUAUUGUCAUUAGUACCUUAGUUGCUGCAGUAGGGAUACAUCUUUGAACAAUGAGUGAUUCACAUGAAGAGGCUGGGUUAGCUGUCUGUGUAAUGCUGGUAUUCGGAAGGUUUUUUUCUCUCAUGCUGCUUUGUUCGCUUCUUCUCCCGAGAUCUAUACUGUAGUAUGUGUAAGCCCUUUGUUCCCAAAGUAUAUGAUGUUGAUGGAGGACGAUGUUCUUAAAAGUGGUCUCUGAUGGUUGCUUGCAAUUAUCCA